AUGAGAACAAGGCACCUUCACUGGAUUGACUGGCCUGACCGCGGAGUUCCACCUGCCGACACGGCAAUCGUUCAAGUUCUGGAGAUCAUCAAAGGCACUCAAGCACCAAUCGUGGUUCACUGCUCCGCCGGCGUUGGCAGGACCGGCUCAAUGGUUCUUAUCCAGUACAUCCUCGAGUCAAUCUCUCUGGGAGGUCCUUUUGAAGACACCGAUAAAAUACUACUUAGAAUAAGAGCCCAGCGAGCCAACACUAUCCAGACUGACCAGCAGUACUUGUUCGUCCACCAAGUCCUACUCAACUACUUUGUUGAAAAUCAGCUACUAGACCCGAGAUGGAAACCAUUCCUCGAGCGAUUUACGAAAGAAUACAACAAAAAUGUCUUCUGA